CUGCUCCCCAGUUUCCCCGGGAGCUGUGGGGUGCGGCGGCCAGGACUCCCGGCCUUCGCCCCCCGCCCCCUGCCAUCUUCGUCUCCUCUCGGGCCGGUGGGAAGGGGAGGACCGUCCAGGUCGGGGUGGCCCUCGGCAGGCGGCCCGGCAGCCCAGAGGAGCCGGGGCCACCCACGGGGAAGGACGGACGGACUGCCCACCCGCCCGCCCGCCCGAUGGACUGCCCGACCAGCCCGGCGCCCUCGCCCCGCCUCACGCGGGAGCCGCCUGCCGACCAGCCGGCCAUGCCCCCGCUCCCCGCGCACCCCGACCCGUCCCUGGCCGACGAGAUCCUCAGCCACCUGGGCGUCACGGAGAAGACGGCGGCCUGGGGGACCCUGGGCACCGUCCGCCCCUUCCUCGGCUUCAGUGUGGACAGCGACGUGCAAAGGCUUCUAGGAGCCAUCGCGGGCCAAGGGGUGGACCAGGGCACCAUCGUGGACGUGCUGACCAACCGGACCACUGAGCAGCGGCUACGCGUCGCCCAGACUUUCCAGGAUCGCACUCGGCAGGACCUGCUGAGGUCCCUGGAGGCGGCCCUCUCAGGCAGUCUGGAGAAGGCCGUGGUGGCCCUGCUGAAGCCCUCUGCUCAGUUUGAUGCCCACGAACUGCGGGCGGCGCUGAAGGCUCCGGGCACAGCCCGGGACACGGCCGUGGAGAUCCUGGCCACCCGCCCCCUGCCCCGACUCCGCCAGUGCCUGGCCUUCUACGAGCACGAUUUCCAAGUGGAAGCUGCGGAGGAUGUGAGGUCUGAGGUGGCCAGUCCACUCAGAGAACUGCUGCUGGCUCUCGCUGAGGGUGGCCGGGAGAGUUACUCUGGGGUCAUUGACUAUAACCUGAUGCGCCAGGAUGCCCAGGAGCUGCAUGAAAAUGAACAACUGGAUCCUGACGGGGGCUGGAUCCAUCUGUUCACCCAGCGCAGUAUUGAGCAUCUGAACCGAGUGUUUGACCAGUACAAGGGACUCAGCGGGCAGGAAGUGGAGGACACUAUUAGGGACCGUUUCCAAGGUGAUGCUCAGGUCACCCUUCUCUCCCUUGCAUCCGUGAUCAGGAACACUCCACUAUACUUUGCUAACAAACUCCACCAGGCCCUGCAGGGACCGGAACCCGACCACGGUGUCCUGAGCCGCGUCCUCAUCUCCCGCUGCGAGACGGAUCUCCUUAGCGUGCGGGCAGAGUUCAGGAAGAAGUUUGGAAAGUCCCUGUACUCCUCCCUCCAGGAGUCAGUCAGCGGGGCCUGCCUCCCGGCACUGCUGGGGCUGUGUGGGGGCGAAGACUUCUGAGUCCCGGACCCUCGACCCCCCACCUCGCCCCAUCCCACCUCAGCCCUUCCCACCUGUGAGGGAGCCAAGAUCCCCCACAGGGAGCCCCAGAUGGAAUCUUCCCGCCUCCCCCCACAGCGAGCCCCAGAUGGAGCCCCCCCCCGCCCCCUCCCCCCCCGCAGCGGUCGUAACGGCUCCUGCCCGUCGCCCCUCUGAGGAGGCCAUCAAAAUGGAGUCUUCGCACCCCACGAGGGGGCCGAGAUGAAGGCCUGCAUCCCCUCCUCAUCUCCAACCCUUCCCAGAAGGGCCGGGCCCAGGCCGCGGCCCCCGCCCCCCUCCCCCCGUGUGGUCCCGUGUCCGAGGCCCGUGUCUCCCCCCCACGCGGAGAACGGGGCGGGGGCGACAGACGGGAGGGGUUUUUUUAAAGGCGGAUGGGUGGGAGGGCCGCGGGCGGCGGGGACGACGGCUCCUACCCCUGUG